AUGGCAGCAGAUGAUGAUAUGUCAGCUUUGAAGGCUAAGAUGAGUCAGAUAAUGGAGGUAAAGGCUUGCAUACAAGGCUCAGAGGAAGAAGCAAAAAAGGAGUUAGAGGUUCUAUGGCGAAGAGUCAAGACUACUUCUACCCUGUUGUCCUACUUAAAAUCGAAAGCUAGAAUCAUGGCUGUUCCUCAUCUAGCCCAUACAUCUUGUGGCAUAAAAAAGUUAGAUGGAGUAGGGCUUGUUGACAAAGAUGGGAUUCCAUUAUCAGGUUGGUCUAGGAAUGUUGAUCUUUCUUCAUUUGAUGAUCCAGAUGAAGAAUCUUGGAUGGAAAUUAAACGUCAGCUUGGUUCCGUAGAUGAACAAGAUGCAGUUUAUAUAGGUGAGAUACUUAAGUCUGUUCAGAUGGUCACGGAUGUGAUGGAAGCCCUUGUCAAAAGGGUUUUAUUGGCAGAAUCAGAAACUACAAUGGAGAAGGAAAAAGUGAGUUUAGGUCAGGAAGAAAUCAUGCGAAAGUCCGAUCAGUUAGAGAGUAUGUCCAUGAAAUUAGAGGAGAUGGAGCGUUUUGCUUUGGGUACAAAUGGUAUUUUGAAUGACAUGCGGCAAAGAGUUACAGAUUUGGUUGAAGAAACAACUAGACAGAGACAGCGAGCUGCUGAAAAUGACGAAGAACUUUCUCGAGUGAAACAGGAAUUUGAGUCUCUGAAAUCAUAUGUUAGUAGUCUAAUCACAGUAAGAGAAACCUUACUUUCUUCAGAGAAGCAAUUCCAAACUAUUGAGAGGCUUUUUGAACGCCUAGUUGGAAAGACUACUCAGUUGGAAGGUGAGAAAAUGCAGAAAGAGGCUGAAGUUCAGAAACUUAUGGAGGAGAAUGUGAGGUUGAGUGCUGUGCUUGACAAGAAAGAGGCCCAACUUCUGGCAUUGAAUGAACAAUGUAAAAUGAUGGCCUUGAGCGCUUCAAACUUGUAA